UUCUACAAUCAUCUAUUUAGAAAAUUCCGAAAGAGCGUUCCUUGGGAGCAAAAGUUGACCGAAUAUUUGUUUUUGUAGCAAUCAAAAGAAUUGAAAAAUGGGGUCCGAAAAGAAAGAAGACUUUAAAAUAACAGAAGACGAGGUGAAGAAGAUAGGAGAAGCUUUGAAAGAUGAACAAUUCAGGAAGUUAUUUUUGGAAUAUGCCGAGGAAAUCCAAAACCCUGAAAAUCGAAAAAUUUAUGAACAAGAGAUAGCACAAAUGGAACAAGAACGUGGUAUGAACGUAGAGUUUAUCCACCCUCAGCCGGGUCAUGUCUUGAAAACUAGCGUUGAUGGUAACGUGAAAGCAUUCAUUAAUAUCUGUCAGAAUGACAAGAUGGGUAAGCCGGUUGCAAAACGUCAAACUUCAUCAGAUGGCAAAAGUGGUGUUAACUGGUCAAUACCUCACUCACAUUCACCUCCAAGAGAUGAUCUUGACAAACAUAAAGUAAAAUGCAGAGUAUAUGAUGUAGUAUUUCACCCAGAUACCUACAGAAUGUCCAAGUCAAACAUACGAUUCAGAGGUCUUGUUGAAGAUACAGCUAUUGAUGGUAUUGAGCGGCAGUUUGGUGUAAAAGUUGACAGAAAGAAUAUCAAACGGCCAAAUUUGCCAUACAAAGGUACACCCACUGCCACUGUUAUUCGUUCAAAAGCAAAUGAACCAGCCAAACCGUUGGACGAAGAUGACCCAAUUAGGAAAAUGCCAUAUCCAUUUGAUGAAAAGUCAAGCGAAGAAAAGGCAAAAGAAAUGGCAGAUGCUGUUAAAAGGAAGAAAGAAGCAGAUAGUAAAAAAGCAGGAAAAACCAAAAGAAACCAAGCAGAAAAGAGAGUUGAAGAUGAUGCUACAGUUCCAAAGUACACCAUUACACACAGAUCUGACAUGGAUUUACAAGAGUACAGAAAUACUCCUGAUUCAAGGCCUAGUACCCGACCAAAAGCACUUGUUGUUUCAAUUGAAUUACCAUUGCUUGCUAAUUCAAAGCCAGUUGACCUUGAUAUCUUUGAGAAAAAACUUGUACUUCAGUCUAAAGAACCAGCAAAAUACAAGUUAGAUUUAGAAUUGCCAUAUGCUGUUGAUGAGAGUCAAGGCUCAGCAAAGUUUGAUAAAUCAAAUAGAUGUUUGAUAGUUACAUUACCUGUUAUACCAGAAGAGAUGCCAAAACUACCAAAUUUCAUUGAAGAAAUUAAAUCUGAGAAUGAGCCUAAGGCUGAAGAAGUGGAAAAUAAGUUUGAAGCAGUUGAUAAACCUUUAAUAGAAGUUAUCAGCGCAACAGAGGCUAAUGCCAAGCCAGUCUCAAAGGAGGAGGAAACAGUGAUUGAUAAUAAGAUUGGAAAUGAAUGCCCUGCAUACUUAAAUCAUACACCAAAGAUCUCCUAUGGAUUUCCAACAUUUGAAUUUUCUCAAGAUUUUGACACUGUAACAUUCAUAUUUAAAGUGAAAAAGAUAGUCCCUGAUUCUGUGUCGAAAUUGUUUCCAUUGCCCAAUGUAUGUCAUAUCAAAUUCAUGGCUAAAGGAGCUAGUGGUUUCCCACUUCAUUACAGCUUUCUUGCAAAGUUUUCUGCCAAAAACUGUUUUGUUCCAGAACAUUGUAGCUUUGAAGUGAACAAUAAUAAUGCUGUGUUGUUACUGCUGAAAGAGAAAGACAGCAGACAGACUUGGGAGACGUUUCAAGCUGGUACCAGUCUUGAAGAGCUUCAGGAGCUCCAUUUUGAAACAGAUCAGUAUUUGUUGGAAGAAAUAGAAAGAAUAGAAGCUGAGUGUGUCACAGGCGCUGAUAACCGCUUACUGGAGGAGAAAUCCAUCGAGGUUACAGAGAUGACAAGAAAAAAGUUAUCCAUUAAAAUUCAGAACAAGAAAAAAGCAGAAGAUAGGCCUACAGAGAAUCUCAAACAGACUGGAGAUAGGUCAGCUGAUGAUGAGUUUGAGGAGGAAGAUGAGUGUCCUUUGUCUGCUGAUAUAGAGGUUGUUCAUGAAAAAGUCAUUCCUAAUUUACAUGGCAUACUGAAACAAAGAACUAUGUCAGAAUCGAGUGAAGAUCCUUGUUUGUCCGCUAGUAGCAGUGGUAGCCCAGAAAGUCCUAGAGAUGAGUUUUUCAAAAAGUCUGUUAAAUUCAACGAUAGGGUGGAUCAGGCCACAUUUAAGUCUAAAGCAGCUGUUUCUCAAAUGACACAGUCCCUGAAGAGUAAACGUAGAAGGAACAGAAAGAAGGAAAAAAGAAGUCGUAAAAACAGUGGAAGUUCUGACGGAAGUAGUGAUGAACAUAGACAUUCAGAUGAUCAUGGUGAUCAUAGCGAUAAAAAUGUAGAAGUUAUAGAAGAGUUGACCAAUGAGGAGGUUGACGAGGAAACAAGUCAUAAUCAGGAAGGGCAAGAAUAUAUGGAUUCUGCUGAAACUUCUGUUGGAGAGACUAAAGUUGAUCAGCUUGAAUCUGAUAUUGGUAAUGACCCGAGCAGUGAUAAUUCUAAACAGGAAAAACUAAUCCAGGAUAUCAAGGAAAAACUGGCAGUUUCCGAAGAAGAAGACGACAAAUGUGAUAGCGAUGAUGAAAUGGACAAUACUCCCACUGACCUUCAAGUCUCUGAAAACACUAAAUUGAAAGAAGAAAAUGGCAACGAAAAUUUCUUUAGUGAAAACGUGGAAGACAAAAUAGAAAGAAAUGAAGAGGAAAAUACUAUCAGCAUUCCGUCUAGUAUGAUUAACAAGCCAUCUGAUUUAACAAACAUUAUCAGUGAAGGUGAUUCUGUCAUCAAAAUCAAGGCAUCUGAGAAAACAAGUGGUGAAGAUUCUGGUGUGGAAUGUAGUGAAGGAAGUGGUGAUAAGGGAGACAAGUCAGAUGUGGAAACAGUACUCAGUUGGAAUGAUAAUCUUGAGUCUCAGGACCACAGGACAGAAUGUGCAUUUCAGUUCUCUAAUGCUAUGAUCUACGAUCUCGACAUUGACUAAAAUAGUGUUCAAGUAUAUGAAAUGGUGUAAUCAGGGGUUAUUUUUCACUUGUUGAUAACUUACUUGUUAAUUUGUACAAAAGAUUUUUUAAUUGAAUUGAUUUAUAUUUGUAUAAAAGUAUUAUUUUUUUCCGAUUUUGAUAUGAAACAGAAAAUUAUGUACAUGCAUGCUAUUUUGAAGAAAAAAGAAAAGAAAUUGUUUAAUAUAAAAUUAAUUUAAAUUAUUUUUGGAAGAUUUUUUUUUAACAUACAUUCAUUAUAAAUGUUAUAAUCAAGUCAAAAUAACAUAUUUAUUCAAAUGAAUCCAAAUGUUAAAGUUCAAGUUGACUGUUGUGAAUUCAUGUGAGGAAUGUUAACGGUGGUCUUGGGU